CGAGCCACGGGCGGAGAAUGUGCACGUUAUAUAUUCACACCGGCGUGAAGGUAGAGGAGGCGCUCGUGCGGCUCCGGUGCAAGAUGGACGCGUGGAUCCGGUAGCGCGUAUGUGUGUGUGUGUGUGUGUGUGUGUGUGUGAGUGUGAGUGUGUGUGUGUGAGAGACAGACAGAGAGAGAGAGAGAGAGAGAGAGAGAGAGAGCUGAUCGUCAGACGGAGCUUUAGAGGAUUUUUCUGAGCAAGUACACACUGCAACAGGUUUGUAAAGAGCGACCCGGGAGGCGCGAGAGCAUCCGAGAGAGAGAGAGAGAGAGAGAGAGAGAGAGAGCACGGAAUAAUACACAAUACAAUACAAUACACACACCCUGAGGACGGAGUGCAGGUGCGCGAGCGAGCACAUCUCCUGGACUGAAAAACACACACACACACUCACUCGCAGUGUGUGUGUGUGUGUGUGUGUGUGUGUGGGAUUAACACAGGAUUAAGAGGAGGUCUGCAUUCUUCACGGCUGACGAUAUGAUGCCGAUGUUUCUAACCGUGUACCUCAGCAACAGCGAGAAGCACUUCACCGAGGUGCCCGUAACCCCGGAGACUCUGUGCCGGGACGUGGUAGACAUGUGUAAGGAACCUGGAGAGACGGACUGCUACCUGGCCGAGAACUGGAGAGGAUCAGAGCGUGUGAUUGGUGACGGUGAGAGGAUGAUGGAGCUGCUGCAGCGCUGGGGGCAGCAGAGGUCCGAGGUUCGGUUCGUUCUCCGCCAUGAGCGAGCGCCCAGUCAUGACACAGGGGCUCCCAGGGGCCCGGAGCUCUCGCUGAAGAGGAACAUGCUGAAAGCCACAACUGAGAUCCACCUUGAGAACGGGAUGGUUCCUCCUCCUAUGGACAUCAGUCUCACGGAGCUGCAGGAGAUGGCAUCCCGGCAGCAGCAGCAGAUCAAUGCACAGCAGCAGGUUCUGGCCUCCAAGGAGCAGCGCCUUCGAUUUCUGAAGAUGCAGGAACAACAGCAGCGUGAGCAGGAGAAACUGCGGCUGUUACGCGAGAACGCUGAGAACCAGGAGGCCAAACUGCGGCGUGUUCGAGCUCUCAAGGGUCAGGUGGAGCAGAAACGCCUCAGCAACAGCAAACUAGUGGAGGAGAUCGAGCAGAUGAAUGGCCUGUUCCAGCAGAAGCAGAGGGAGCUGCUCAUGGCCGUGUCCAGGGUGGAGGAGUUGAGCAAGCAGCUAGAGACAUUACGCAGCGGCAAACUGGACGAAAUCGCUGAACUCGAGAAACUCUACAAAGAGCUUCAGCUGAGGAACAAGCUGAACCAGGAGCAGAGCGCGAAGCUCCAUCAGCAGAAGGAGUGUCUGAGUAAGCGUACACAGGAAGUAGCGGGGAUGGAGCGGCGUCUGGCCGAACUGCGCCAGAGACUGUGGAAGAAGAAAGCAGCUCUUCAGCAGAAAGAAAACCUGCCUCAGCCGGGUGAUGGACAGAGCUCUCAUCCUCCCUCGGUCCCAUCCAGAAUUGCCGCUGUCGGCCCGUACAUUCAGUCUCCUGCUCCUCCACUUCCUCCCAAACAGGACGUCCUGCUGAAGCCGGCCUAUCCAGAUGGCACUAGCACACUGCCCAAACCGCUUACCAAAGCCAGCGGUAAAAUCUCCAAGCUGUCUGAAUGGAGUGUGAGUGGAGAGAUCAGUGGCGUGGGCGGGUCACAGCGAGGCUACGCCUCCACCCUGCCCCGUAUGAGCAGCCACAGCUCUGUGGAGAAAGAACCUGAGGCAGAUCGGAAGCCACCACCACCACUUCCAUUACGGAAGAAUCAGAGCAGCGAGGACCUCUUAAACGAUGGUCAGGUUGGUGGUAAAGUGCCCCCUCCGGUCCCCAUCAAACCCAAACUCGGCCAGUCUGGCUUCCCCAAGCCCUGCUUCUCCACUGGCACCUUUCCAGGCAAAGCCAGACCCACCCACCAGCUGGCCCCCCACCUCCCGAAGGCACCGAUGCCCGCAGCCACCGUACGGCCCUUCAGCGUGGAGGGCACAACAAGCAAAGGACCCGCCAUCCAGAAACCUCAGACGCUGGCAGCCAGCUCCAUCUACUCCAUGUACACGCAGCAGAGCUCUCUGGCUAAAGGCUACCAGGGCCAGAGCACGCUGACGCGCUCACAGCCUCGGGUGUAUGGAAAACCGGUCAUCCCAUCCAACAGAGGGCAGCAGUCUCACUCCCAGGACAGCAGCCACAAUGAGAAAGGCAGCUAUGUUGAGAUUGAUCAGCUGGACCAGGCCAUCAGUGGCGGUCCCAGUGAGGGCACGGAGUCAGAGCGAGCACCACGCCCACUGAGCCCCACCAAGCUGCUACCGUUCCUAAUGCACCAACAUCGCCUGCAGAGCGACGCUGAACUGGAGGCACCGCGCAGGCGGCUACAGCAUGCGCCACGCCCGUUAAAGAAGCGCAGCUCCAUCACGGAGCCCGAGGGACCCGGCGGACCCAACAUCCAGAAGCUCCUUUACCAGAAGACCACGCUGGCAGCCAUGGAGAUGCCGGAGACAAGCACGGGGGCCGCCGAGGACACGUUGACUGGAGCUCAAAAGGCGUCGGAUCCAGACAGGGAUGGAGAGGAGGAAGAUCAGGCUCCGCCUCCGCUUCCACCACGUUCCUCUACUGCAGAACAGAGCAGAAGAACUGAACCAAAGGAGGAUGAAGAGCAGGAGGUGGGUAGUUCAGUCCCAGCUGAGGAAUACCCUCCAUAUCCUCCGCCCCCGUACCCCAGCGCAGGUAACCAGGAUGGGCAGGAAGAGGACGAGGACAGCGUCAUGAAGGCACCCGAGGUCACUGGACAGGUCACGCUUCCACCGGGGAAGAGAACGAACCUGCGGAAGGCGGGGUCAGAGCGGAUCAGCCACGGCAUGCGGGUGCGCUUCAAUCCACUGGCCCUCCUGCUGGACGCCUCACUGGAGGGCGAGUACGACCUAGUGCAGAGGAUCAUCUACGAGCGAGUGUGUGGUGUCUCUGGGCAGGUGGAGGACCCCAGCAUGCCUAACGACGAAGGCAUCACGGCGCUCCACAACGCAGUGUGUGCAGGACAUACGGAGAUCGUCAAGUUCCUGGUGCAGUUCGGAGUCAACGUCAACGCCGCCGACAGCGACGGCUGGACGCCCCUGCACUGUGCAGCUUCCUGUAAUAACGUUCAGGUGUGUAAGUUCCUGGUGGAGUCGGGCGCGGCCGUGUUCGCCGCCACCUACAGCGACAUGCAGACGGCGGCGGAGAAGUGUGAGGAGCUGGAGGAGGGAUACGCACAGUGCUCACAGUUCCUCUACGGUGUGCAGGAGAAAAUGGGGGUGAUGAACCGUGGUAUUGUGUAUGCGCUGUGGGACUACGAGGCCGAGCACGCUGAUGAGCUGUCGUUCACCGAGGGAGACUGCAUGACCGUGCUGAGGCACGAAGAUAAAGACGAGAGCGAGUGGUGGUGGGCGCGGUGUGGAGACAACGAAGGCUACAUCCCACGCAACCUGCUCGGGCUGUAUCUGCGGAUCAAACCCAGACAGAGGAGCUUAGCCUAGACCUCGCCAUAGUUCAGUCCCAAUCCAACCGCACUGAAAGCAAAGGGCUGAAGGAAACAAGACACUCCAAAGUGCUUCUUCUCUACAAACUGGUGCAUUCCCGAGCUUCACUUUUUCUGUUCAUUAAUUCAUCGUCUUCGGAAGCAAAAUGGAUCAUGUUUAAUAGUUACAUCUCAUGAAUGUUUAAGAAGCGCUGUUCAUGGCCUUUCUAGAAUGUGAAUGUAUUUCAGAAAUGAUUAUUUGCACAGCUUUUAAGUUAUUUGUACAGGUGUAUAGACGUGAUGGCACGCUUUGUGUUCAUUUGGACCACCGUACAUCCUGAGUGAUUAGCGUGACCACCACUUGCCUUUCUUUUUGGCUUGAUUUUAGCUGACAAGUUUGCUAGAAAGCGAUUGUGGUGAUGUCAUACGAUCGAGUUGGCAAUCAGUUGAGCAAAUGUAGCUUAAGCUCCGCCCACAUUGACACCAAAUCAGGAUGUCCGUGUCAUGUCACUUUCCUUUCUUCUGCUGUAUAAGUUUAACAAGUUUAGUGUGCAAACUGGAUUACGUUCGUCUGCUAAUAAAUACUAUUUUUCAUUAACCGUUAAGAUUAAAAACAAUAAAUAGUCACUAUGGUGCUCAAUAACGCGGAACAAUUCUGGUUCAUCUUGUUCAAAAUAAAUAAAUAAAACCUUUGUAUUUAAACAUUGCUUCUCUCAAGCUUCCAUUUAUUUAUUUAUUUUUAUUUUCGUAGAAUAAAUUACCUUCAAUUAAAG